UCCAUUCCGUAAGCCCAGAAAAUUUGUGUCACGUGAAAACCAUAAUUUCAAGAACUGUCUCCCAGUUUCUGGUAUUCCGACCGGCCAAUUAGCUGUUUUCCGGCGAGACCCAAAUGGAGAAAGAGCCACUCCUUCCUUCUUAUCUCAGCCCCAAAGCAUCACCUUACACAUACCCAUCUCCUAUUUCCCUCUGCCCUUUACCGGAACACAAUGAAAUUUCAAUCCCUCCAGUUUCUGUCCCUCUUACCCCUUCUGAACUCAAAGAACGGAUUAUAUUUGGACCCGCUGAAGCUUCUGCAACUGCUAUUGAUGCUUUGACCUUGAACUUAACAUCUCCAGACCAUCCUGCUUCUUCAUCUUCAACAAAUCUUGAAACAGCUGAUAAUCAGAAUUCUUGGUUGAUUGACCCAAAUUACCCUUCUUGGACGAAGAGUAAUCUUCAUAGGUCUAAAACAGCACCAGCAAUGGCUGUUAUAAAUGAUUUUGAACAUUCACCUGUUUCUAAGCCACCCCAAUUUGGGAAAAUUUCAAUUGUUGGACAAGGGGUUGCGCUUUUGAUACUUUACUUGGCACUUGGGGUGGCGAUAUAUUCCUUUUUUAAGGAUCAUUUUAAAGCUACUGAGACUCACCCCAUUGUUGAUGCUUUGUAUUUUUGUAUUGUUACUAUGUGUACUAUUGGUUAUGGUGAUAUAACUCCUGAUAGUACGCCUACUAAGUUGUUCUCUAUCUUGUUUGUGCUUGUGGGGUUUGGUUUUAUCGAUAUUUUGCUUAGUGGGAUGGUUAGUUAUGUGCUUGAUUUGCAAGAGAACUACUUGUUAAGGAGUAUUAAAAGUGGGAAAUCACAUGAUGCUAGGUCUUAUAUAAUUGAUGUGAAGAAGGGGAGGAUGAGGAUAAGAAUGAAGGUGGCACUGGCAUUGGGUGUUGUGGUUCUUUGUAUUGGGGUUGGGGUUGCUGUUAUGCAUUUUGUUGAGAAGCUUGGGUGGAUAGAUGCAUUUUAUUUGUCAGUUAUGUCCGUUACCACUGUCGGGUAUGGUGAUAGGGCAUUCCAAUCAAUGACCGGUCGUAUCUUUGCAUCCGUUUGGUUGCUUGUGUCUACACUUGCAGUUGCUCGAGCCUUUCUCUACUUAGCUGAGGCCAGAAUAGAUAAACGUCAUCGGAAAAUGGCAAAAUGGGUGCUUGAUCAGGAUAUGACUGUUGCACAAUUUCUUGCUGCUGAUAUCGAUAAUAAUGGAUUCGUGAGUAAAUCAGAAUAUGUGAUAUACAAACUGAAAGAAAUGGGGAAGAUCACAGAGAAAGAUGUAAUGCUGAUUUGCAAACAGUUUGAACGGCUGGACAGUGGCAACUGUGGAAGGAUUACUCUCGGCGAUCUAAUGGAACACCACCAUUAAACGUCGAAUUUGAUGCCUUCCUAUUGGACAUUAGGGAGAG